UUCCCUGACAAGAAGACCUCCGACCCACUCGUGGUCAUUCCCCUCUCCGGUCCGCAGUGCGCUCCUCCUCCAACACCGGCAUCCGCGUAGUCGCCGGCGCCGCCCGCGCGUGAAGCAAGGAGCCUUCCUCUCCGCCGGUCAGAGACUCAGUCUAUCGAUUUCCAGUUCAGGCAGGACUACACAGCGCGCAAGGAAACAACGCCACCCGCGAAACCAGGAAGGAGGCACUCAAAGCAAGUUACAGUUAUCUCUGAACAGCUGGACCUCUUACCAACUUCAGCACAUCAGUGGAAUAUAUCCAUCAGCAAAGAAACCAAGGAUCAAGAUGGCACUGCGGCGGGCACUAGGAUGGUCGGAAGGGGAAGUUAUGCGACCAGAGUCAAAGCCCUGCUCCCGGUUGAUGCGGCACACUGCUGGCAUCUUCUCUGUUGGUGGUGGUCUGGCUUUCUGGGUGCUUUGCCGCCUGCACUAUGGUCCAAGAAUAACUGUUCCAAGGAGUCUCAGGUGGGCGUCAUGCGGAGCAGUCUCUAUGAGCGCGACAUCAGCCUUGCUUGUGCGGCUCUUUAGCCCAGAGUGUGAACCUCAAAACAUAGCUGCCUUUGACAAACCUGAACUAAAGGCCGAAUAGCAUAGUCGAAAAUUGGUGUUAAUCUACCAAGACCUAUCCAAAUUUCUUGUCCUUAUAAUAAUCCUGGCAGCUCCUGUAAGAUACUUUUGCAUGAUAUAUACAACCGCCACGAAGUGUUAUGUUAUGUCAUCA